GCCCGUCCGCCAGUACAUUUCAAUCAAAACAUGUGAACAUAGUUUACCGAACGCUUUCGCGCGUAGUUCAGAAAACAGAAGACGCUGUAGUGGCGGGUGGUGACAAUUUGACUUGUACUGUGGAUGCUAAACGCGUUCAUUCGUGUUCACAUUCAGAGGAAAAGCAGUAGUUGUCGACAUAUGCUACAGAGCUGCGUAAACAUGGACGAAUUUGGAGUUUUCGCUGUUUUCGGAGAAAACGCGCCCCCACAGAAGCUACUGAGUUCCAAAGGGGAGAGUCGGGUUUGUGUGGCAGUUCCUGCAUCCGUUCGUCAGGUGGUGCUGUUCAGCAGCGGCCGUUGGGAAGACAGAAUAUGCGUCAACGCGGAGCUGGACGAUUCGGACAAGUUCCCCAUCACCAUCGGAAAACUGACGCCCUACAACAAGUGUUUGUCAUGGGAGCAGUGGGAGGAAGAGACAUGGACGCACAACGUCACACUGAACUUGACUUUAGAGGGAGGAAACCGGCUGGAGUCAGAGCCACCAAUCUUCCUUACAGUCAAUGAAAACACUCCAAAGGACUCGAGUGGACCACAGGCUGUGUUACGAGAACUGAACAGCAAAAGGAAAAGACUGCGAGAGACAGAGGAUGAGGAAACCGAUGAGAAUGCCCAAGUAAAGAUAACGCCUAUUCGACGGAUGGGGGGGCACACAAAAAAGGGACAAAAGCUUUUUGCGAGCGGAGCAGAUGUGAGCAAAGGAGAGGAGCAAGCCGUCAUGGGAAAGACUCCCCCAAGUGCAGCUAAGACCAAGACUCGGUCAGCCAAGACACCAACGAUCAAUACAGGCUCACUGGUGGUCCCGUCAGGUCGCUGGGGUCAGACGUUGUGUCCCAUUGACGCUCAGACAGCCAUUUUGAUCGGAGGUCAAGGAUCAAGGAUGCAAUUUUGCAAAGACCCCAUGUGGAAGCUCUGCACAGAGGACAUGUCAUGGGUGGCAGCUGAGACGCUGGCAGAAGGUCCGACACCUGAGGCCAGGAUCGGUCACACAGCUGUCUAUGAUCCUGAUUCCAAACGCAUCUUUGUGUUUGGUGGAUCCAAGAACAAGAAGUGGUUUAAUGAUGUCCACAUCCUCGAUACGCAGAGCUGGAAGUGGAGCAUGGUUGAGGCUCAGGGGAAAGUCCCUCCUCUGGCAUACCAUACUUGCAGCAUGUUUCGGGGGGAACUAUUUGUGCUUGGGGGAGUGUUUCCUCGCCCAAACCCUGAACCUGACUGCUGCAGUGACUCACUCUACAUCUUUGACCCCACCUUAUCCAUCUGGUACCAGCCAAUCGUCACGGGAGACAUGCCUUCACCACGCUCAGGACAUUCAGCAUGUGUGAUGCAGCAGAGGAAAAUUUACAUGUUUGGAGGAUGGGACACUCCUGUGUGUUACAAUGACAUGUACAUGCUGGAUCUUGGUCUGAUGGAGUUUUCUUCAGUAGAAACGUCUGGAUCAGUUCCAUCUCCUAGAAGUUGGCAUGGGAGCGCAGUUCUGUCUGAAACAAAGUUUUUGAUUCAUGGUGGCUACAAUGGGAGCCACGCCUUGAGUGAUGCCUUCAUAUUUGACACAGAGUACAACACUUGGACCACAAUGGCUCUUCCUCAGUUGUCACUCCCCAGAGCAGGACACUCGAUUAUCACCAUGGAGACGACUGACUGUCAUCGUUUUCCUGGCAGUCAUGAAGGAGACGACACUGGGAACAGGAGAGCAAAGACUUUGCUUGUGUUUGGAGGAGGGGACAAUGAGGGAAACUUCUACUGUGACCUCACAACAGUUGCAGUGGAUGACCUGGUAAACUGGAGUUAGCCUGCUAUAUUAAUAUAUUUUUCAUUGUUUUUUCCUCCAAUUAUUUGUGUAUUGUUGGUUUUGUUUCAUGAUUUUAUUUUUUUUAGAAAUGUGGGCAUUUGUUAGAAUUUUAAAGGGAUAAAUUCUUUUUGUCUUUAAAUGUCGUUUUAUAGAAAUAAGCAAAGCAUAACAAAUCUGCUUCUCUCCAAUUUUACAUGUUUCUAUGAGUUUGAAGCCUUCUUACCAUUAUU